GGAGGAGUCACGGGGAGGGUAACCUGUGUGACGACGACGAGCGCACCGUGGAGUAGCGCCUUACCGAGGAGGACGCCGGGGGCUUUGCUCGUAACUGGCAGAUACAAGUUCAUCAAACCACAGCAACAUCUAGUUUUCUUCUUCUUCUUCUAGUUUUCAGGUACGUGUGCUCUCCGGCCAAGUCGCAGGCGAACUUUGAGCGCGCACAAUGGCUGAGAAGAUGGACAUGGAGGACGGGAAGCCGUCCAACGGCGAGGCGCACCUCGACGAGCUGGCCAACGGACUGGACGGCUCGAGGAAGGGCAGCGAGGAGCCGCUGGCCGAGCGGGUGAAGAGGAUCGUGAGAGCCAACCUGCUGGUCAUCCUCACCGUGGCCGGGGUCAUCAUCGGGGUUUUCAUUGGACUCGGUGUGCGCAACGUGGCGCUCACCAGGACCCAGGUCAUCUACAUCGGUUUCCCCGGCGAGCUGCUCAUCCGGCUGCUGAAGAUGAUCAUCAUCCCCCUGGUGGUGUGCAGCCUGGUGUCCGGGGCGGCCAGCAUCGACCCCAAGGCCCUGGGCAAGCUCGGCGGCUGGGCAAUGCUCUUCUUCCUCGUCACCACCUUGAUCGCCUCGUCCAUCGGGGUCGUGAUGGCUUUCAUCAUAACCCCCGGGGCGGUGACUAUCACGAAGCCCAAGGUACAGGGCAUGGGCGACGACGUGCCCACACCUAAAGACGUGAUAGACUCCUUCUUGGACCUCAUCAGAAACAUAUUUCCCUCCAACCUGGUGUCUGCUGCCUUCCAAUCUUAUGGAACCAGCUACAAGCUGGUUACAAGGAACGGCACAGAUGGAAACCCCAACAUUACAGUGGAGAAGGUGCCUUUUGGAACAGACCAGGAUGGCAUGAAUAUUCUUGGUCUGGUAGUGUUUGCCAUUGUGUUCGGUGUGGCUCUAAGGAAGCUGGGAGAGGAAGGGGAGAUCCUCAUCAAGUUCUUUAACUCCUUCAACGAGGCCACCAUGGUGCUAGUCUCCUGGAUCAUGUGGUAUGCCCCUGUUGGUAUCAUGUUCCUUGUAGCUGGUAAGAUUGUUGAGAUGGAGGAUGUUGGCACACUGUUUGCCAGUCUUGGGAAAUACAUAGCCUGCUGUAUUGUCGGACAUGCCAUCCAUGGCCUUCUUGUGCUGCCCGCCAUCUACUUUGUCAUUACAAGGAAGAACCCUUACACCUUCCUCUGGGGGAUAUUCACAGCUCUGGCCACAGCCUUUGGAACAAGCUCCAGCUCUGCCACCCUUCCCCUGAUGAUGAAGUGUGUGGAGGAAAAUAACGGCGUAUCCAAGCACAUUAGCCGCUUUAUCCUGCCCAUCGGAGCAACGGUCAACAUGGACGGAGCUGCUCUCUUCCAGUGUGUGGCCACCGUUUUCAUCGCUCAGCUAAACAACAUUUCCCUGAACUUCAUCCAAGUCAUUACCAUCCUUGUGACAGCGACAGCGUCCAGUGUUGGAGCAGCGGGUAUACCUGCCGGUGGCGUGUUGACCCUAGCUAUCAUCCUGGAGGCCGUAGGACUUCCCACCAAUGACAUCUCUCUCAUCCUGGCUGUUGACUGGCUUGUUGACCGGACCUGCACAGUGCUGAAUGUAGAAGGCGAUGCCUUUGGAGCAGGGCUCUUGCAGUUCUUUGUGGACCGUAAACCCAAACAAGAGGAGGGAGCAGAGCUGAGCGAGGUCAGGCUGGAGGGCGAACCACCAUCAGCUGCUGCGCCUGAGUACUCGCCGUUAAUCGAGAAGCGAGGUGGGAGAGACGCCGCAAAGCCGUCACCGUGUAGUGAAAAAGAGUCCGUCAUGUAAACCGGUCGCUGAUAUCAUCAAGAACCCCCUCAAUGUAUCUGACACUCCUAAAAAAAACUGAAACCCGAGGAACAGGUCCCUCUUUUCUGUUUAUUUUCUUCAUGCCCUGAAGGAAGGAGUGCAAAGAGUAUAGAGGAUGAACACGCACAGCACAAUGCAAAGAAAAGCUCUCUGUCCUCAACGCUUUUCUGGGGAUUCAAAUUUGUUUUUAUGCACAAUCACUUGGGUUUUCUGUUCGAGGGACAAUAUUGUACAUUGGUCUACCUGCUGUGUUGACUCACACUGAUGUUGCAUUUAGUUGAUCCUCAAUUUUAAAGUCAGAUUUUUUUUUCACAUGACCAAGUGUGUUUCUACCAGGUGUUCAUCAUCGUCAUUGGUAAAUGUAUCAUGUGACCAUAUAUACGUGCUCUGGGAUGUCAAGAUCUACUGUUACAAAUAUAAGGAAUAUUCCAUAAUAUAAGCAAUGUUACAUGAUAUAAGGAAUGUUACAUACAUCUCUGAUGUUGAGAUGGAAGUUACAUGGAUGCGGUUGCCUAUUGGCCAAUUGUUACUGCUUUGCCCCAUCUCAUUUAGUCACGUAUCACCGAAUCUGCAUUUAGCAAAUCACUGGUGACUUGUACGCUCUAGUCACUACUUUAAUAGCGAUUUCACCUUUUUAAUAGCGAUUUCCUGGUGGAAAACAUAAAAAAAAUUCUGACGAGGACGACUGUGCAACUUGCUGGAACUAGUCUGCGUUUUCAAGACGGUUUUUAAUAUUACCCAUCUGGACUCUUUUACCUUCAAACUGUUUUUAUGACUGUCACCGUGUGCAGGAAGAUGCAGCAAGAUGACAAAUAAGCAUUGUAUAUGUUGUAAACCGUAUCAUUAUAUUGUAUUUUUGGAAUAUAUACAUACAAUGUUUGUUAUGAAUGAUGUGGCCUCUUUCAUGCAGACAUUAACUAAUGCUAUACUUAAACUAACUGUCCGUUGUAAAAGCAAAUGGAACAUUAGUUUAUCGUCUGCAUGAAAAUGGCUGUGAUAAUUUCUGACAUGCACAAAUGUGUUUUAUUUUGUAGGCUUUAGUCGGGGAUGAAGGCAUUUAUUAGUCUCUUAAUGUGACUUUGCUUAUUCCAGGCCAAUGGUUGUAUACAAUGGCUUUCUCAUGCUGAGAAAAAGCAAUACACUUGUAAAACCUGCUCUCAAAAUUAUAUUUGUACUGCGACGCACACCAAAUGAAAUUAUGACCUCGCUAACACCCUAAAGGUGAAUGAAGGACCGUUUUCUCAAUGACUCGCACCAUGUCAACAUGUAUGGACACACACCGAUUGACCUCUUCAGACGGACAUCAGUGCUGUGAUAGGCUACAUGACCUCAGGUUCUCCUUUAGAUUGAAGACUGUCCUUCAACUGCUCUUACUACCCUAAGGAACCAAAAAUCGCACAGACUAAGCAAACAGGAACAAGGCUGCUGAGCUCCCGGUGACACUGUUGUAAGGCUACAAGGAUGUCUACAUCCUCAAAAUGGCUGCAGUGCAGUUUGUUGGUUUAUACAAACAUACAUUUGUAUACAUAUUUUGGCUGUAAGGGUCAUUAACAUUGAAUUGUGUUAGGCCUCCUUAUGAUUGUUUGAUAAUCAUUUGUUAUAAUUCAUAUUUAUUUCUCUAAUCAAAUUCCAAAGAAGUUUUUGGGCAAUAUUAUGACGAGUUACUCCAUUUUUACAAGUCUUCUUGUGAUAACCAGUUACUGGUACUUUGUUUUGUUAAUAAUUAUUUUUAUGUUCUUAUUUUUUUCUUGGUCUUAUUUUCAACCCGGUGGGUGAGAGUCUAGACUGCCUGUGUGCACGGUUGCUUCCAUGUGGUGAUUUCUCUUUUGCAGUUUGGCUGUGGGCAUUAAGGGAACUUCUAGGUUUGAGAUUUUGGAGAUUGCGUUGUGAUUUGGUGAGUGAAUAACUGUAAAGCUGCACUACUGAAUGUUUAUCUCUUCCAGCCAUAUCAUCUUUGACUGUAUCUCUACCAAAUGACUGGCGUGUUUGGCAUGAAAUGUUGUCUGCAAAGUUUGUGAGGUACCUUUUCACUGUUUAAAAAAAAGAAAUUCUACAUUAUAUUUUACUAGUAUGGCAGUAUUUGUCACCAAUGAAUUCACUGCAAGUCUGAUGUAUCAUUAUUUUUGAAGUCUUACUUGUCAUGAGUGCUAAAACAUUGAGCAUAUCCCCGAAAACAGCUAUUGUCCCCCCAUCUUCUAUUUUCUGCUGUUUUGGUCCAGGGUUGUAAAGAUGCUAUCAUUCCUCAUUCCUUUCUGAGACAUUUCACCAUAUGGAUGUCUGAUUUUGAUCAUACUGUUGUGUGUGCGCAUGGUUAUUGUGAUGUUUUCAUUACAAUGAGGCUAUGUUUUUUAAAAAAAAGUUACUAUCAGAAUGUACUGUCCGUAGGUUUUGAACAAUAAAGGCCUUUUUUUUUACCUCCAA